UUACGCUGUCAUCUACUGUACCUCAGUGAAAAGGCUCUGGGUUGGGGUAUGCUAGUUUCAAAUGUAUAAAGGAGGACAAGUCUGAGAUGCGACUCCCAUCGAUGUAAACGCGAGUGAACUUCGGGAAAUAUAAGGAACUCUCCUCGUGACCUCAGUUCCGGUCAGCACCCACCAUGUCGUGCCGGGACAUCCACGCUACCAACGCUUUUGCCUUCAUCAUUGCCUUUGUGUCUGUGGGAGGGAUAGCUGUGGCAGCACUAAUCCCACAGUGGCGCGUAACAAGGCUUGUCACCUUCAAUCGUAACGCCAAGAAUAUCAGCGUGUAUGAUGGGCUGUGGGCUAAAUGUGUGAAACAGGAUGGCUAUUCAGGAUGUUACUACUAUGAUUCAGAGUGGUACUCUAAAGUGGACCAGCUGGAUCUGCGGCUCCUGCAGUUCUGUCUGCCUACAGGCCUGCUGCUCGGCUCUCUGGCCUUGCUGCUGUGCAUGUCAGGAAUGUGUAAGACCUGCUGCUGCUCAGACAAACCUGAACCAGACAUUAAGACCAUCAGAUUCCUGGUCAACAGUGCAGGCUGUCACCUGGUGGCAGGGAUGUUCUUGUUUCUCGGCGGAGCUAUUGCUCUCGCACCCUCAGUGUGGUUCCUGUUCCGCACCAAGGAGAUGAACAUCAGAUAUGACAACAUUUUCUCUGACGGCUUUGCUGUGUAUGUAUCUAUAGGCUGCUCUGGAGGACUAAUGCUGGCUUCCCUGCUGAUGUUCAUGUGGUACUGUAUGUGUAAAAAGUUGCCUUCACCCUUCUGGUUGCCCCUGCCCUCCAUGCCUACCUCUCUAUCGACCCAGCCCCUCACCGCCAACGGAUAUCCUCCUUCCCCAGUUUAUGGUCCUCAGCCCUUCCCACCACAGACUUAUCCUCCCACAGUGAUCGACGCCCAGCCAUAUGUGCCUACCCAGGGCUAUGCACAAAAUGUCAUCACCCCUGCACCACCACAGGUGUACAUGUCUCAGAUUUCUGCUCCAGACGGGUAUGGUUCAGAGGUGGGAGGGACCCAGGCCUACAGCUACGCUCCUUCACAGAGUUACGCUCCUUCACAGAGUUACGCUCCUUCUCAGGGCUACGCAUCCAGCUAUGCAGGCCACCGCUACUCCUCCCGCUCACGGAUGUCUGCCAUAGAGAUCGACAUCCCCGUGCUGACACAGUAAGAGAAAACAAGCUGAUAUCGUCAGCACAUUAAAGGCUUCUGUCCGGAACCUCCAUGCAGUUCACCACUGCUUAAACUAAUAGAGUAUGAUAGAUGAAAGUUAAUAAUAUGAAAGCUAUUUACAGCACCUGGAGUGAUAGUUUCAGUCAGCCAGUCAGUCAAUCCAGGUCUGCAAAUUACUGAUUAUAGAAAAUGAAACCCUGAAGGUAUUUUAUGAAGGAUGAGAUUUUCUUAAAAACGAAAAUCAUGAAAGCGUUGAUGCAAACAACACUAUUUAGAGUAGUAUUGUAGAAAGGGAGGAAAAUUACAUCAUUUGCAGCCAAAACUACUGAAGGAUGCCUCAACCACUUGCUUUUUCACUGUUUUACCAGAUUAGGGCCACUAAACAAUAGCUCCUAACUUGGUUAAGUGGCCAAUGGACCAACCUACUAACUACAAGCAAAUACUUUGGUAUGUGGUAGCUAUAAAUUAUUAUUAUUAUGCUGACUAGCAGCCAUAAAGCUUGUGACAGCUCGUCAGCAAAAUUCUGUUUUUCUGUUACAUUGCUUUAUGUUUGACCCACUACAUUCAUACUCACAUAACUUUUGCUUAUGUAAAGAUUAAAGUAGGGAGUUCUUCUGUAUCGCUUCUGAACAAAACACUGACUGUCAUCACCUUUAAAUGCUGUGGUUUCGAACCACUACUUACUGACUCACCUGUUUGUGUCUGUUGUGUAACAUGUUACUACAUUGUUUUAAUGUCACUGUGGCCUGUGAAAAGCAGCUGUCAAUGUUUUUAAUGCACUCAUUAUGUGAAUACUGUGCCCGUUUACAUUGCCUUUGUUCACUGACUUCGCUAGCGUUUAGAAUUUUUUAACACAUUACUGAAUCAGUUAUUGUAACAUGUACUUUCAUAAGUGGUUAUGUAAAAAAAAAAAGUCACUAAGAACACUAAGCAAAGUGUCAGCCAAGAGUGCCAUUCAUCUGCACGCAACAUGUCAGCUGAUUGAUGAGCUGGAAGUGUAAUAUUGUGAGGUUGUUCAGUGGUGAUCAUACUUGUGAUUGAGCCAAAUUAAACUUAGUUUAAAUCUUGUCGUUUGCAUGUUUUGCAUAGUGAGCACUGAUCAACAUUUUUUCAAAGUCUAAUGUGUUCAUCAUGUUAUUCUGUACUGUUAAUGUCAAUGAAAUGUUUUUCUACACUGUCAUCUUUUUUGUUUUUAUUAAAACAUAAAUCACAAUUUAA